CUUGCCUUGGCUCCUAUAUAAACCGCAGGAUUGGUGCUGAGGAAGUCGCAGAGGAUCACUGGCGGUUCGAUCAGAGGCCGGGUUCAUCGUACAGGUGUAUCCAGCGCGUUCAGAGAGCUGAAACACAGAGGAGAGAAGCAAAUAGAUGGAACAGGAAAGGGACAACAUGGAUCUAGUUGAGGGUGACAUGCAGGCACAAAACGUCCCUGCAAGGGAUGGAGAUGAUACUGAUCCCACCCAAUACUAUGAAAAUAGGCUGAAGAUGCUUGAUGCCCUUAGAAGCACAGGCAUCGACCCCUAUCCACACAACUUCGAUGCCGGGAUCUCCAUUUCAGACUAUGUAGCCAAGUACGACAGCUUGGGUGCUGGUGAACAUUUGCUAACUGUUACUGAGAGCUUGGCUGGGAGGGUCAUGAGCAAGAGAGCUGCCUCAUCCAAACUCUUCUUUUAUGAUCUUUAUGGCGAUGGGGUGAAGGUUCAAGUUAUGGCUGGCGCCAGCUGCUCAGAGGUGGGUGAAACAGAAUUCUCUGGAUAUCACAGCGUUGUGAAGCGGGGGGAUGUUGUUGGUGUAAUUGGAUACCCAGGAAGGAGUAGAAGGGGUGAACUUAGCAUAUUUGUUACAGAUUUGAAAUUGCUCUCCCCAUGCCUCCAUAUGUUACCCAACCAAAGAACUGGGCGUUGUACUUCUGUUGUUGGGAAGACAACAAGAGCAAGGGCAGCUGCUGAUUGCUGGGUUCCAGGAAUAGAAAGGAAUAUUGAAGCUUAUGUUCUAAAGGAUCAGGAGACUCGUUACCGCCAGAGAUAUCUUGACCUCAUGGUGAACCAUCAAGUGCGACAUAUCUUCAGAACACGAUCUAGGGUCAUUUCCUUCAUCAGAAAGUUCCUUGAUGAACGCAAUUUUUUGGAGGUUGAGACUCCAAUGAUGAACCUGAUUCCUGGGGGAGCAUCUGCAAGACCUUUUGUUACACAUCACAAUGACCUAAACAUGGAUCUAUACAUGAGAAUUGCUCCUGAACUCCAUCUGAAGCAGUUGGUCAUUGGUGGCUUGGACCGUGUUUAUGAGAUAGGAAAGGCAUUCAGGAAUGAAGGGAUUGAUUUAACUCAUAAUCCUGAAUUUACGACAUGUGAAUUUUAUAUGGCUUAUGCAGAUUAUAAUGACCUGAUGGACCUUACGGAAACCAUGUUGUCCAGUAUGGUGAGGGAGCUGACAGGCAGUACUAAGAUAAAGUACCAUGCUAAUGGAGCUGAUAAUCCUCCCAUAGAGAUUGAUUUCACACCUCCUUACAGAAGGAUAGACAUGAUGCAGGAGCUGAAAUCUGUUGCUGGGCUUGACAUUCCAGUAGAUUUAUCAAGCGAUGAGGCUAACAAAUAUCUCGCAGCAACCUGUGCAAAGUAUGGAGUCAAAUGCUCGCCACCUCAAACAACAGCGCGGUUGCUUGACAAGAUCGUUGGGCAUUUUCUGGAGGCCACAUGUGUGAACCCAACUUUUAUCAUCAACUAUCCGGAGAUAAUGAGCCCGCUGGCUAAAUGGCACAGGUCUCGGUCAGGACUCACAGAAAGGUUUGAGUUAUUCAUCAACAAACAUGCGGUGUGCAAUGCCUACACUGAGUUGAACGAUCCAUUGUUGCAAAGACAGCGAUUUCAAGAGCAGCUGAUGAACCGGCAAUUGGGCGACGAUGAGGCGAUGGCCCUCGAUCAAGCGUUCUGCACCGCGCUUGAGUAUGGUUUGCCACCGACGGGUGGUUGGGGUUCUGGGAUCGAUCGCAUCGCAAUGCUGCUAACAGACUCGCAGAACAUAAAGGAGGUUCUUCUGUUCCCACCAAUGAAGCCCCAUCUGCCUGGGUAGUACUCCAGCCGCCGUAAUCAGGAAGAACUGAUCCACUAAAUAACAGGAACCAAAUGAAAAAGUUCGACACAUAACAUGUAUUCCUUAGAAGAAACAAAUAGAAUAUUCUGGUCAGAAAUGUUGUAGUAAUAUUCUUUUCGUUGUAGUUUUCUCAGUUGGUAUAAUCGGAAUUGUUUUAGAUUUAAUACAUGCAACAACAAACAAUGUCAACCAUCUUUAUUCUUCUCCCUUUUCCCACCCGUUAUUAUAAAAAAGUUCUUACCAA